UGUAGGUAGGUACGGUAUGUACAUACCUAUUGUUGUUAUUUUUGUGGAAAGUGGUAAUACAAUAUUUUUCCUGAUUCAGAAUCAUUAGAACUCGACUUCUUGUAUCAAAUAUACUGUAAAUUAAAUGAUGUAUACGUAUAAGCAUAGUAAAAAUAGAAAAAAAUCAAAAAUGAUUUAUUAAUGAAUCCCGCUCUUUUAAUCAUUCUGUAAGUAAAUUAAUCGAACCCUAACUCAUAUUGGAAAACAAUGGUUCUCUCUCCGUUUCGAAGAUUAUUGCACUGGGGUCCCAUAUCGGUUUUAGGUAUAAUAAAAUUAAUAACAUGGGCCAUGGUCCACAUGCUGGGAAUGUGGUGGCCCCCUCAAACUUCGUUCUAUGCAUCGCUUCAUGCAGCAAUGUUCCUGUCAUUUGCUGCUGGCACAUUGUAUUAUUUCUUGCAAUCAUUACUUGAGGGACCUGGGUUCGUGCCUUUGGGAUGGCAACCUGACAAAGAAGAGGAUGCCCAAUAUCUACAAUUUUGCACAGUUUGUAAAGGAUACAAGGCUCCACGGUCACACCACUGUAGGAAAUGUGGCUUGUGCGUUUUGAAGAUGGACCAUCACUGCCCGUGGAUAAAUUGUUGCGUUGGUCACGCUAACCAUGGGUAUUUCACUACUUUUCUAAUGUUUGCAGUUCUUGGAUGCUUCCAUGCCUCUGUAGUAUUAUCCAUUUGUAUGUAUCAUGCCAUAAAUCGGAUAUGGUACAUCCACCAUGGCUCCGGUGACGAGCCCAUGAUCUACGUCACUUUGACUACUUUACUGCUGACCCUACUCUCAAUAGGGAUGGCUGUUGGUGUAGUACUGGCUGUUGGUACAUUACUUUAUUUGCAGAUUCGAGGCAUACUUCGUAAUCAGACCACGAUCGAGGACUGGAUCAUGGAAAAAGCUGCAGGUAGACGAGAAGAACAGGGUCUGCCUCCGUUCGUCUUCCCUUACGACGUGGGCUGGAAGAGGAAUAUAGCUUCGGUGCUGUCCCGGAGUAGAGGGGAUGGAAUCCGGUGGCCCUUGAAGGACGGCUGUGGCCAGUAUGAUCUGACUCGCGAGCAGCAGGCGCAGAAGGCGGACAAGCGCGUGCGGGCGCGCCUGUACGUGUGCCGCGCGGCCUACUCCGGGCGCUGGUGUCCGCUGGCGCAGCACCCCCGCGCCGCGCUGGCGCCGCCCUGCACGGACGAGCCGCGCCUGCCGCUGGCGCCGGGCGACGCGCUGCGGGCCACGCGCCACCGCCGCCACUGGCUGUUCGGCGAGCGGCUGGCGGGCGCCGGCGGGGGCGAGGGCGGGGCGCGGGGGCCGCGGGGCUGGUUCCCGCGCAACUGCGUGCUGCCCGAGCGCGACCCCGCCAAAGCCAAGUCCAACUAGCGAGCGCCCCCCCAACCUCCCUCCCCCCGCGAGCUCGCCGCCAUAUAUUUUGUGCAACGUCGAAAAAUCUCGACACCUUGUUACAAAACUAUUAAAUAAAUUUAGUUAUACAGUAAAACCUCUUUAAUCGCGGCGUAUAUGUUCCAUAAAUAUGCCGCGAAUACAGUGAAUACGGAAUGGUAAUGUUUAUGGGAUUAUUUUCCAUUGGGAUUAUACCCAUAUGGGUAAUGUUUAUGGGGGCUUUAGGGUAUACGUUCCUAGGUGACAAAAAACUUCUAUUUUCAGCUUAAGCGGCAAGACAGGUUUAUUUCGUGUCGAAACUCGGUUCUCAUUUUGUUUAGUUGACAUUAUAAAUUAGUAAAAGAGCGGCAGAGACUCACAUCACUAUUUUUGUAACGAAUGUGAAAGACGAAACGAUAAAACACGCAAAGCGGCUUUUAGUUUUUACCAUAGAAAAUUGCAUUGUAUUGCAAUUGCAGCAUUAUUUGAAAAGAUACUUUAUUCAUUGUGUAAUAAGAUCUCUUUCAUUCUGUUUGUUUAUACAUAUUCUCAAAAAUAACGUUCGCGGUGAAGCCGGCUCACUCGGCGAUAUCAUCAACAUAUCAAAUCAACAACAUACUUUAUUCAAGGUUGUUAUAAGAUCUAUUUUACAUUUUUUAUUAAUCCAUUUAUUAAUAUGUAUGUACUUAUUAGAUCCGCGAAUAAAGAAAUUUUUAGCCGCGAAUAUAGGAAUUGGGUCGCAUUUUUUUUAUCCGCGAAUGAAGGAAGCGCGAAUAAGGUGCUUUUACUGUACAACAAGUGGGGAAUCAACAAAGAACUUUUAACACGAAUUUAUUUGAGAACUUGACAAUUUUUUUUUAAAUAAGCUUUUUUUUAGUCGAGAAAUAAUUGUGAAAGUCUUAAAUUAUAAUUUUAUUUGCUUUUAAUAUAUGGAAAGUGGGAGUGAAAACUAAUCGUUUUUGCUUCACGAUUUUCAAUUAAUAUACCGAAUUUACAAGUGACAAAUGCAUUUAAUUAUAUACAAAUAAUAUACAUUUUAUUUAUUUUAAUGCGCUUUAAAUAUUUUAUGAAACAACAAAUUCACUACGAAAGUGUACGUAGUGAAUGUCUAGUAUUGUAUAGUAAGUGUAAAUGUGGAACAAAGAUUUUACUUAAUUAAAUUA